CCAAUUCACGUGAUAAACCCGUCACUCUUGCUCGUCACUUGGCGCCGAUUCUCUCUCAAAAUGGCCUCGUCCAACGAAAAGCAGCCCCUUCCUGAGGGUGGCGAGAUGCCGCCCCCGCCCUACAGCGAAAUAAACCUCAACCCUGGGCCUUCGACCACCCAACUCGGACCAAGCGAGCAACCCUUCGCGCCGUACCCCACGCAACAUGCGCCCUAUCUUCCGCCUGGCCGCCCGGCGGUGGUCACCAUGACCCCAGGGGCCCAAGGACUGAAUGGACAACAGCAAAGUGUCCUUGUCAUCAAUGCCAGACGGCCCCGUGUCUUUCUCGAUGACGAAUUGCUGCCGCCGUUUUCCGUCCAGCUCGUGUGUCCGUGCUGCAGACAAAUGGUUCAGACGCGAAUCGAAUACCGACCAGGCUCCUCCACCCACUUCGCGGCCCUCCUCUUGUGCAUCUUUGGAUGCUGGCCGUGCUGCAUUCUGCCCUACUUUAUGACGUCCUGCCAGUUUCCCUCUCACUUCUGCCCCAACUGCCAAACUUUCCUUGGAUUCGCUCCAAAUGUGUGAUUUUAAACUGCUGCUGCCGCAGCCGACGCAGCGGCUCUACAGAAUAUAUUGUGAUACUUUUUGUAGAUAAUAAGUAGUUUAAACUGAAGUUCUUUUUGGUAAAAUGAAAUGGGGAGAUUUAAAUAAAAAAUUCCUUUAAAAUAUAAAAAUUUGAUCAGUUCUGAUUUAAAAAAUUUAUAUUUCCUGAGAAACGUUUUAAAGAAAGAGAGUACUUAAAAAAAUCACCCCAAGCUUAAACUGGCUUGUUAUAUUAUUUAUCAAAAUUCAUCAACCUUUAUUUUAAUGAUGAUUAAAAAUUGACAUAAAUUAUUUUUUACUUGGGUUUUAAAUCUCCCUUCAACUUAACUUUCUUGUUAAUUCCACCACUUAAAAUUUUAUUCUAGCUCUCUGUUCAAAACCGCUUAAACAAGGUUGGAUGCAAUAACUCACAUGUAGCAUUCCCUUGUGUGCGUGUUUCCACACUUAACAAAUUUAUUAAUCCGCCAUUCCCGUUUUUUUUUUGUGUGGUUGUGUGUGUGUACGUACAAUAUAAUUUCACUUCCAAACAACAGUAACAACAAUAAACAUAUUUCUCUU